AUGGCAAAAGCAAAUAUUGGAAGGAAGAUCACCUCUGCAAAAUCUACGACCGUGGUAGAUGGCCGAACAACCGCAGAACCAAAUGAUCGUACCCACCCCAAGACGUCCCCGGGCAUGAAUACCCGGAUGAAUGCAAUUGAAACGUUGUUCCAUGAGCUCACAUUGGACAACCAAAAGCUCAGAGAAGAGAAUAAGAAGCUCAAGACGAACACAUAG